AUGCGACCACACCCUACAUACCGAACCAGGUAUCACACCCCUCACCUACACAGCACGGACGGACGUCACAAGGCGGACCGGACACACCAGGGCAUAAAGCCCGACACCCCAAUAGGCAUAGGACACAAAUAUCCCCACUCCAAAGGGGACGUACUACACCCGGCACCGACACAGGCACACCACUUGGUGGGACCUAUAGGCCGAACAACCGGGACACCUGUCCAUUACACUACACGCCCUCAAAACAACCAACAGCAAGCGCCCACUAAGACGGAGCCAGAGCCCAAACAACAAUAAGACAGCACUGAACCGCACACCUACACACACACCCACACCCAGACCCAGCCCGCCUCCGUUGCCCCUCCGGGCCGCUGCGAGGAUGCAGGCACAAGGACCCAACGGCUUCGCAAGAGAAGACCUAUGUGUAGUCUCCUACAAUGUGCGAGGCCUAAAUGUUAGGGAGAAGCGCACAAGAUUGCUAAGGGACCUAAAACACUACAAAGCAACAAUAGCGUUCAUCCAAGAAACGCACUUCCAGGAGGGCAGAGCACCAGCCCUAAAAGACCGCAACUACCCAAUAGGAUACUUCAGCCACAACCAAGAUAGACGCACACUGGGAGUCUGCAUCCUCUUCUCACGACGAGUCCCUUACGAGGAGCAAGCCACCGUCCGAUGCAAACAGGGCAGAUAUAUUUUUACAAAAGGCAAAAUAAUGGACCAAACAUACACGUUCGCCAACAUAUACGCCCCGAAUACGAAACAACACCACUUCCUCCGAAGAGCACUAACCACGCUGAUGAAAUUCGCGGAAGGCACCCUGAUCAUAGGGGGGGACCUCAACCUGGCGAUACACCCGGACCAAGACUCCACCUCGGCACACGGACACAGGUUGAUCAACAGGCACGCCAACACGCUCCGCCUCCUCCACCUCCACCAGCUGGCAGACUGCUGGCGAGCACUACACCCAACUACACGAGAUUAUACUUUUUAUUCUACGACACACUCGACGUAUACAAGACUCGACUAUUUCCUAGUACCUCACCGGGACCUAGCCCUGCUCACCGCGGCAGAAAUCCUGCCAAUGACCUGGUCAGACCACAGCCCAAUCCGCAUACGGAUUAAGUCGCCACUAUACAAACCCAGACAAAUGUCGUGGCGACUGAACGAAUCGAUUCUCUCAGACGUCUCGGUCAUAGACCAAGUCAAUCACCACAUACAGGAUUACUUCACAGACAACGAGACAGAUGACGUCACCCCACUGACAUGCUGGGAAGCACACAAAACGGUCAUCAGAGGCGGAUUCAUCGCGAUAUGCGCGACCCGCAAAAAGAAGGCGACACAGACGAUACGAGCACUCAGUAAGGAAAUCGGGGAACUGGAGGCUAGACACAAACGCACCAUGGAUUUGACGGUAUAUGAGGAACUCACGACUAAACGGAACCAACUCACCGCACACCUGAACCGCGCAAUCCAACGCUCAUACCAACACUACAAACAUAUGAUCCAUGAACACGGGGACAAGUGUGGGAGACUACUAGCGAACCUCCUGAGGCAACGCCGCAACCAACUGUACAUUCCAAAGAUCAAAGAUGCACACCAACAACUCAGACACCUGCCGGACCAGAUCUCGACAGCGUUCCACGACUACUACCAGGAUCUAUAUUGUCUCCGUGACACGAAUCAAGAACCUCAGAGGCCACAAAGAGCUGAGGACAUACGCAGAUACCUAG